AUGGAUCUGUACGAAAGAGACCAUUGGCGACUUAGAGUUGACAUUGACCCUUUUCUCUCUCUUUCAGUAGCCAUGGUUGCUCUGCGUUUCAUCUACUCAUCAUCUUUUCUUCUUCUUCUUAUUCAUCUCCUCACUCCUCAAGCUCAGCCUCACUCUCUCACUAAGCCCACCUCAAGAUUCUCGAUUCAAGAAGCUACUGUUGAUGACAUCAGACUUGCUUUCAGUGAGAAGAAACUGACAUCAAAGCAACUCGUUGAGUUCUAUCUCGAAGCAAUCUCCAAACUCAAUCCGUUACUACACGCAGUCAUUGAGACCAACCCAGAUGCGUUACUCCAUGCAGAGAUGGCAGACAGAGAACGCCAGCUCAAAGGCGUCACUAAGCUUCCAAUGUUGCACGGUGUUCCUGUUCUGCUCAAGGACAACAUAGCCACCAAAGACAAGCUUAACACAACCGCUGGUUCCUUUGCUCUGCUUGGCUCGGUCGUGCCUCGAGACGCGGGUGUUGUCAAGAGACUACGAAGAUCUGGUGCUGUGAUCUUGGGAAAAGCCAGUUUAAGCGAAUGGGCUAACUUCCGUGGUUUCAUCCCAAAUGGUUGGAGCGCACGUGGCCUCCAAGGAAAGAAUCCAUAUGUUUUAUCAGUAGAUCCAUUCGGGUCAAGUAGUGGAUCAGCUAUUUCUGUAGCAGCCAAUCUUGUGGCCGUGUCACUAGGGACUGAAACUGAUGGUUCCAUUCUUGCUCCAUCUAAUCAGAACUCGGUAGUUGGUAUUAAACCGAGUGUCGGGCUCACGAGCCGAGCCGGGGUGGUCCCUAUCUCCUUGAGACAGGACAGUGUUGGGCCGAUGUGUAGGACAGUUUCGGAUUCUGUUUAUCUUCUUGAUGCUAUUGUGGGUUAUGAUCCAUUGGACGAGGCCACGAAAACUGCUUCUAAGUACAUACCCAAAGGCGGUUACAAGCAGUUUUUGAGACGCAAUGGCCUCAAGGGUAAGAGAUUAGGGAUUGUAAUGGGCUCUCUUCCUGAUAAUCACAUCAAAACACUAAGACAAGAAGGAGCCAUCGUCAUUGAAAAUUUAACGUUACCAAUCACAGAUAGCGGUGAAGGAAUAGCACUUUUGGCUGAGUUCAAAAUCUCUCUUAACGCAUAUCUUAAAGAACUUGUGAAAUCACCAGUCCGAUCCUUAGCAGAUGUUAUUGCCUUCAACAAGAAAUUCAAAAAGGAAAAGGUGAAAGAAUGGGGAGAAGAAGUCUUCCUUGAAGCAGAAGCAACAAAUGGAAUGGGUGAUAAAGAAAAAGAAGCGUUGCUUUCAAUGAAAGAAGUUUCGAGGAAUGGAAUCGAAAAGCUAAUGAAAGAGAAGAAGUUAGAUGCUAUAGUGACAGAUGGUUUUAUGUUGAGCUCUGUCCUCGCCAUUGGAGGGUAUCCAGGAAUCAAUGUCCCUGCAGGAUAUGAUAGUGAAGGAGUUCCCUUUGGGAUUAGCUUUGGAGGGUUGAGAUUCUCUGAGCCAAAGCUCAUUGAGAUUGCCUAUGGCUUUGAACAAUCAACUCUCAUUAGGAAACCACCCAAAUUUAAACCUUGAGGGCACAUGGAAAGUUGAUAUUUGGGGAAAAAUACCUUGGUUUUAUGUACUUUUUAUUCGGAGACUAGAAAUAAUGUGCAUGACUUUUAUCAUUAUCAAUUGUCCGAUCCUUUUUUCCGCCUUCUCUUCAAGUUAAAAGUUCAAAUACUAUAUUAAGGGGGAGGGCAGAACUCUGGGCUAACAAAACAAGUUGAAAGUAUUAAUCUCAGUUGAAAUACUUAGUUGGAUUUAAAUAUAGUAUGUAAGUAUGAGAGAGGUAAACUGAGAUGAGAACAUUGUAUAUUGAGAAAAAAAUAGAUUCAAGGGCAAAGAGAUAGAGUGAUACCUCAAUGAAAGUAACAAGCAAAAAUAUGCUGAUUGUUAAUAAUAGCAGCAACAAUAGGCAUCCAAACUCAAAGUUCUAGAUUUGACAAAAUGAGCAUUAUCAUAUCCUAAUACAAAACAUUUAAACAUAGACACAACUAGCAUCACAGUAAUAUGUUUGAUAACACUCUGGG